AAUUUACAACUUUUAUCUUCACAUGCAUAGUUUUAAUCUCAUCAUCCUAUAUCUCUUACGUAAACAAAUUAUGGUACUUGGAAUUUAUAUAAGGAGAAAAACCAGGUUCACCUCACUUGGAUUUCUAUUUUUUGGAUGCACUAGACUACUCCCCCUGGUUCAUGCACAAUCUUCAACCGUCUUAUAUGUUUAGUACCAUAUAUAUACCAAACCCACCCAUUCCUCAACGUCUUUUCCUUAAUUAUCAUGGCAAUAACUCAAUAACAUACCAUCAAUUGGUCAAUAUAUAUAUUAGUAUAUACUUCUUUUUCUUUAUUUUUUUAAGUGACACUUCGAAAAAACAUGCCCUCAUCCAACCACGUCUCUACUGGAUCAGAGUCCAAUUCAGGUCCAGACCCUGAUCUAAGAACUGAGUCUUUUGCUCAAUUUUUCGAGACUUGGCUCCUCGAACAAGAGCACGACCUCGAGGAGCUCAAAGCGGCCGCCACAUGCUACACCGAGUCAACUCAAUCCGACACCGAGUGGAACCAACAACUCACCUCACUCGUAAACCGAGUCAUGUGUCACUACGAGAACUACUACCGAGUCAAGUCCGAGUCAGCGGACCACGACGUCCUAACCAUGUUAAGUCCAUCAUGGAGAUCAAACCUCGAGGAAGCCUUCCUAUGGGUAGGCGGGUGGAGGCCGAGCACGGCCUUCCACCUACUAUACUCGGUCACCGGGUUACAACUCGAGGCCGGGUUCCACGAGUUACUCCGUGGGUUGGGCUCGGGUAACUUAGCUGACCUAUCACCUGAUCAACUCGUCCGAGUUGACGAGUUGCAAAGGCAAACUGUUUGGGAGGAAAGAGAGUUAACUGAAAACUUUGCUGCAAUACAAGAAACUGUUGCUGAUUCAACCAUGGUUGAACUCUCACAUGUAGCUACUGAGUUAAUACGUGAUCCUAACUCGGUAACUACCGGGCCAGUUGGGCCCGAGUCAGUUAAUGAACGAGUUGAAUCAACAAUUGGUACGAAAGAAAACAAGUUAAAAGAAAUACUUGGGCGUGCUGAUGAUCUACGCCUCAGAACACUUAAAAAUGUGUUGGAUAUCUUAACUCCAAUUCAGGCUGUUGAUUUCUUGAUUGCUGCUGCUGAACUUCAUUUGAGGGUCCAUCAAUGGGGUGUCAAAAAAGAUGAAGGUGCUAAUAAUCAACAACAACAACAGUAAACACCAUAAUUAACUUGUUUGCCCAUCUAUCAUGUAUCAUGUAUCAUGUAUCAUGUAUCAUGUAUCAUGUAUCAUGUAUCAUGUAUCAUGUAUCCCCCCUAGAGUAAGAAGCCAUAUUAUUGUUUCUUUUGUAUUUUGGGUAGACUUUCUAGUGAAAGAUUUGGUAACUUAUUGUUGGAGUUCGUUAAGAAACUCCAACAAAGCGUUUCGAUAAUAAGAGGCAAGUUGGUAAUGAGUUACAA